GAAAACCAAACCAAAUAGUGAUAGGCUUACAAGGUGAGGUGGUCACCACCGGCAGCCGGUGUCCUUGCUGCGCCCUCCGUCCUGCCGUGGCGUCCCCCGGCCCGUUUGUACAUAUACGCCCAUGCCACGGUCGUCCCGUUCCUCUGCUCUCCCUCCCCCUCGCACCAUUCUCCAUAGGCCACUGUGGCCAGCAGCUUCUCCAGUGCUCCUCUGGCACCAUCACUGCUCAUCUCUCCAUAGCAACACCUCCUAGUUUUCCGGCAGCAUCUCCCUGAGCUUUACUACGUUGUUUGAUGGAAGAGCCUACACGAGACACAAGCUAGCUCUCUCCCUUCAAUAAUCUUGCUAGCUCCAAGAAGAUCUUGCCUGCUUCCCUUUGCCGCGGCCUCCAUCGACCUGCCCAUACAUCUAUACAUUCCUGGCUGUAAGAGAUGGUCUCAUGGCCGUGAGCUCACCUCGCCGGGCACUCCUCGCCGCCGUGUUCCUUGGCUUCCUCCUCGGCGCCGCGACCAGCAUCCGCACGGCGACGUUUUCCUCUUCUCAGAACCUUGCGGAGGACAAGUCGCGGCUGGGGUCGACGCCGCCGAGCUGCCGCAACCGGUGCAGCGCGUGCAACCCCUGCACGCCCGUCCAGGUGACGACCGUGCCGGGGCUCGGCGGCGGCGCCCGCGUCACCGACGACACGGUGGCCGGCUUCUCGCGCUACUCCAACUACAAGCCGCUGGGGUGGAAAUGCCGCUGCGACGGCCGCCUCUACGACCCCUAGCGUGCCGGUGUCGCUUCUCUUCUCCAUGGCGCCGUGCAGUUCGUGCGUACUACUCUGCUUGCUCCGAUGGAGAUUCUGGUCUGCUCUCGGUUAGCUAGCUAGCUCAUCUGCUCUGCUCCCCCAGAUUCUUCUUCUCGGACGUGUCGUCUGUUCUUGCGGCCUCGCCGUCGCAGCUUGUACUGCCCGUAGCAGUAGUUUUUUUUUUUUUUUUUGCUCUCCGCUGAAGCAAUUUACUCGCGUGUAAAGAGUGAUUGGGAGCAGUAAAUUCCAGCACUGCAACUGCUAGUGGCUGCCCUGGUAAAAUGGCAGGAUGAAGGAGGCAGGCCUGCAUGGCAGCAUGUGACGCGCCUCUGACAACGGCCCUGGCAGCCUGAAUCUACCGCUGGAUCGCAGCGCCGAUCCGAUUAGCCGCCGCCGUCGACGCUCGACGGGGGCCCCGCGCCGGCUGAUUGCGCUUGGAGCCUUGCGUGACGUGUGAUGUGGCGUCCGAACCUGAUGAUGAUGGUGGUGGUAGCAAUGCGAUUUUUAAGUAAUCUGACGCUGCCGUUUAGUUAAUGCGGCCAUCAUCGCCUCUGGGGGUGGUCUGUACGGCUCUGAUGGCUCGCCAUGUGUUGGUUUACUGAGGUGUCUCCCUCGUGCUCGUAUGGUGUGGGGCGCCAUGGAGGUAGCAGCAGCAGGCAGCUGCAUGGGGGCGUUGCUCUUGUCGGGAUCGCGAGCCCUGCGGGAUGUCGCUGUGUGCGCGGGAUCGCCCGGCUCUGGAUCCCGGUAGGGACGACGCAGGGGACCCUGACAUUUUUUGUUUCAAAUUCCGGGGCUGCUCGCUAAUGAUUCAUGGCAGCGAGUAGUUGGGAUCGGAAAUUUAAUUUGAUGCGUUUUUUGUGACUUAA